AUGGCUGAUAGAGAGGUUGCCUGUAGACAACAAGGACAUUUACCAAGUGACACAGAAAAGAACCCAAAGGAGCAAUGUAAGGCCAUAACCUUGAGGGAUGGAAAGGUGAUUGGUGAAGAAGCAUCACAAAAGAAGGUGGAAAGUGAAGCUGAGUUAUCAGUCUCUAUUGAAGAAAAGAAAGUGAAUUCAGAAAAAGAGAUAGAGACUAAGGUAACAGAAAUUGCAAGAGGUAAAGGAAAAGCCUUAGCAGAGAUGCCUUGCUAUGCAAAGUUCUUAAAAGACAUCCUUUCUAACAAGCGGAAGAUCGAGGAGUAUGGGACAGUUAUGCUCACUGAAAAAUGUAGUGCCAUUCUACAAAAUAAAUUACCUCUUAAACUGAGAGAUCCAGGGAGUUUUACUAUACCUUGUGCAUUAGAAGAUUCAUUCUUUGAUAAAGCAUUCUGUGAUUUAGGUGCUAAUGUUAAUUUAAUGCCUUUAUCAAUUUUCAAGAAGCUAGGACUUGGCGAAGUGAAAGAGGCAAACAUGUCAUUCCAGCUUGCUGAUAGAUCAAUCAAACAACCUAAAGGCAUUGUUGAAGACAUUUUGUUAAAGGUUGACAAAUAUCUUACCGGUGGACUUCGUAGUUCUUGA